CGGCGGGCCCCGCCGCGGCGGAGCGAGUGGGCGGCCGAGGGGGCCCCGCCGCCACCAUGGGCCGGAGCCGCGCGGGGCAGCGGCGCACCUUCCCUUAUCUUCAGCUGAUUCCAAGACCUCCAUAUUCCCCCUCUGAUGUUUAAGCAACUCCUGAAGGAUGCAGACACAGGCCCUGAGUGCUGCCUUGCUAACAAGGAGACUUCUCAGAAGCCUGCGGGGGAGAGGCAGGAUCUGCAAGCACACUCUGGCAGCUGGAGGUUCCCGGUAGCAGCUAAACUCAUUUGACCACCAUGAGUUGGAGCUUCCUGACCCGUCUGUUAGAGGAGAUCCACAACCACUCCACCUUCGUGGGCAAGAUCUGGCUGACGGCGCUGAUCGUCUUCCGCAUCGUCCUGACCGCGGUGGGAGGAGAAUCCAUUUACUACGACGAGCAGAGCAAGUUUGUGUGCAACACGGAGCAGCCAGGCUGCGAGAACGUCUGCUACGAUGCUUUUGCUCCCCUGUCACACGUCAGGUUUUGGGUCUUCCAGAUCAUCCUGGUCGCCACUCCCUCCGUCAUGUACCUGGGCUACGCCAUCCACAAGAUCGCCCGCAUGGUGGAGCACGGCGAGGCCGACAGGAGGAGCCGCGGCAAAGGCUUCUCCGUGCGCUGGAAGCAGCACCGCGGCUUGGAGGAUGCUGAGGAGGACCACGAGGAGGACCCCAUGAUGUACCCAGAGAUGGAGCUGGAGAGCGAGCGGGAGAACAAGGAGCAGCAGGCCCCCGCCAAGGCCAAGCACGACGGCAGGCGGCGGAUCCGGGAGGAUGGGCUGAUGAAGAUCUACGUCCUGCAGCUGCUGGCCAGGGCUACCUUCGAGGUCGGCUUCCUGGUGGGGCAGUACUUCCUGUACGGCUUCCAGGUCAGCCCCAUCUUCGUGUGCAGCAGGACGCCCUGCCCCCACAAGAUCGACUGCUUCAUCUCCAGGCCCACCGAGAAGACCAUUUUCCUGCUCAUCAUGUACGGGGUGAGCUGCAUGUGCCUGCUGCUGAACGUCUGGGAGAUGCUGCACCUGGGCUUCGGCACCAUCCGGGACACCCUGAACAACAAGAGGAAGGAGCUGGAGGACUCCGGUCCCUACAGCUACCCCUUCACCUGGAACACGCCGUCGGCCCCGCCCGGCUACAACAUCGCGGUGAAGCCGGAGCAGCUGCAGUACACGGAGCUGUCCAACGCCAAGAUCGCCUACAGGCAGAACAAGGCCAACAUCGCCCAGGAGCAGCAGUACGGCAGCAACGAGGAGAACAUCCCUGCCGACCUGGAGAACCUGCAGAGGGAAAUCAAAGUGGCUCAGGAGCGCCUGGACCUCGCCAUCCAGGCGUACAACAACCAAAACAACCCCAGCGGGUCCCGGGAGAAGAAAUCCAAGGCAGGCUCCAACAAGAGCAGCGCCAGCAGCAAGUCGGGAGAUGGGAAGAGCUCGGUGUGGAUCUGAGGGCGGCUGGGUUCAGGCAGUGCUGCCCUCCCUCCUCGCUGGGCACAGCUGGCACCCCUCGGACCGUGGCUUCCCUUGGGCGAGCGCUGGACUCUGCUGGCCUGCAGGGAUCCUGCUGGCUUGUGACACAGCCCCCCCGAGGGGGCUGCACUCAGACCUUAGAGGGGCUUAGAGGACUCUUUUCUUCUGUCUUCCCAGUCAGGAGGCUGCUUGGGUACACUUCAGCCGUUCUCACCAAGGGUUCGUGCUGCAUGCACAGGCCUCUGGCACAGCCAUUAUUAUGCACAGCCUUUCUGUAGCCCAGCCCGGAGCCCUGCCCCGCUGGUUUGCCACACGCCCCAGGGGAAGGCAGUGAGGUAGCCCUUAGUGUGUCCUUCCUCCGCUGUCGUUCCUCCUCCUCCCCAACGUCAAAACUCUCAAUGCUGCGUUCCCAAAGUGCCUUCAACGUGCAGACAGCACAGAGGAGCCUCUGCUUCUCCGGGCAGCAGAGCAGGGAAGGGCUUGGGAAGCAUCUGUCAGUGGUGCUCUUGACUCUGUCCUUUCCGAGGGUGACUGAUGUGCUGCUCCCCAGAGGGAGCUGUCCUGCCGGAGCUACUGUGGGCUGCAGGGGUUCUUUCCCCCGCGGAAAAUUACUCGGAGGAGGAACAUCCCUGAGUGCGAGUCCUGGUGUUGGGCGUGAGAGUGCCAGCCCUGACACGGGGAGAGGGCUCAGACCUCCCUCCAGGCUCUAUGCAACAGGAGGGAGGAGAGACCUCGAACCCUUGCAAACCACCCAGAGACGCGCAGAUAGGUUGAGGAGCUCGGCGCGGCCGUGUGAUAGCUGCAGCCGCGGAUGGGGGCGAGGGCUGUGCUUACGUAACGCCCUGCUCCUCCAGGGCAGGAGGUUGUUACCUUUGGAGGAGAUUUCUGUCUCUUCCAAAGUAAUUGGCUCGGAUGGAGCCGUGGUGGUUCCGCUUCUCCCUGCGUUCCCCCCAGGAGCAGCCUUCCCCCCGCGGCGGGGCGCAGGAGCUGUCUGCGGCGCCUCCCGCCCGGCUCCGCUCCCGAUAUCAACGACGCUGCCUUAGCCCUCGCCCCCUCCCCUCCCCCGUGGCUGAGGCUGUCUGUUCAGACGGGGCCGUGUGCGUGCCGUGGGUGGCCGCUCGGGGACCAGCCCUGGCUGGCGCUGGGUGGCUUUGGCCUUGCACUUGAAUUCCUAACGAGCAGCAGGCAGCGCAGGCAGCGCAGGCAGCACUGCCCUGGGCGCUGUCUUCCUGGCAGGGCUCUGCGCUGCUGCUCCCGCGCUGAAAUGGGGCUGCUCAUGGCUGCUGUUCAUGCUGUGUUCCAGACCUUGCUCUGCUCGCUCGGGUUUGGGUUUUGUUUGUCUGUUUGUUAGGUUUUCAUGUGUUUCAGGGGCCUGUUCCCACGCAGGGCUGCUCUGUUUUGAGGCUACCUCCGUCCUUAGUGCCCUGGCCGGGAGCAGGACUGAGGAGUGAGGCUCCGUGGAGGGCCCGGGUGAACCCAGGCUCCGUUCCUGCCCCCACACGACACCCAAGCCUAGGCUCUGCCCCCAGUUCAAAGGAAGGGGACAGCAGCCCAGCCUGCCGUUCCCCUCUCCCCAGGCAGGAGGUGUUUUGCUGGCUGGCUGUGGUCUGUUUUCUCCCCGGGACACCAGGCACAGAUCCCAGCCGUCCCUCAGCUCCGUGGCAGCGAGGCGGAAGCCUGCCCAGAGCCAGGGCUCAGCAGCUCCUCCAGCUCAGCUCCUGCUUUGGAAGGAACUUGCUGUGUGGCUUUUUGUGGAGCUGUGACUCCUGGCUGCUGCUCCAGGAGAGGAGCAACCCCUGAGAUUGUGCUGAGGGGGUUCAGGGUGAUGGAAGCAACACAGCAAGAAUGCAGCAGGUCUGAAAGCCUGAGUGGAGCUGCGAGCAGGGAGAGGAGACAGCGAGCCAGGAGGAGCUGUGUGGGGCAGGAGGGAGCUCAUUAACAGUGCUCCUCUGAUCAAAGAGGGGUCUGAAGAGGAGCUCACUGCCUCAAGAUGGGCAGAGAGACUUUGCCAGCAGGAUGCUAGGAACGUGGUGGAGAAGCUGGGUGGAAACCAUCUUGUCUGAAAGUACCAGGGAAAGGCAUUUGGAGCCUGGAGAUAAACAGGGAUGGUAGCCACAAUCCCCUCAUUAUCCUGACACUGUGGCUGGGUUGUUCUCAGCUUCCAACAAAGGUCGUGCUGCUUGUAAGCCCCGGUGGUGGGUUCAGCACAGCCUCUCCCCCGCUGAGUGGCAGGGAGUGGAAAUCCUUUGCCCUUGCUGCUCUCCAUGAUUUUGUGUUAACAGCUUAAGGUGAGACCCGUCCCCGACAGCUGCUUCCUGCCUCGUUUGUAUUAACCCUUCCCAGCUAAUGACCAAACCAUUGCUCACCUGAAGCUGCUGUCCUGGGCCAGUCCUGCCAGCUGUGCCCCCUCCAGCACAGGCCCCAUCAGUCAGCAGGGUGUGCAGAGCAUUCCCAUCCCAGCCCCCAAUCCAUUCCCGGAGCACAGCAGUGGGGCUGGGCUCUGUUCCUGGGUUUCUGUUCCCUUUCACUGGUGUGUGGUGUGUGCAGCUCCGGAGCUGGGUGUCCCGUGGUGGUGGUGGUGAAGCUCCACACCUCCCUUCCAGUGGCUGGUUUCAGAGCACUGGGGUCAGGCUUUCCUUUCUCAGAAGCAAUUCCUGCACUUCCAGUGCUCUUUGCUUUGGCUCCAGGGCAAACCUUCAGAGGAGAGUUUGGGACAAAAAAAAAAAACAACAACCCACCAAAAUAAAACCCUCCUGAAGGGCACUCAGGUUUGUGGUGAUGUUCUCUGCUUUUGGAAAGAAAAUGAAAUGAUAAUCUGUGAAACCCAGUGGCUUGCUGCAGCCGGCGUCAGAGGCUGCUUCCUCCAGCAAUAGAAACUGUGAGGGGGGGGGGAGGGAUGUUUUGAUGCUUUGUCUUAGAGCCACGACUUGGAAUUUUGAUCUCUUUGACCUUGUUUAGCAUAAUAAAGAGUUGGUUAGAAACUAA